AUGCCUAAGCAAAUCCACGAGAUCAAGGACUUUCUUUUGACGGCGAGGAGGAAGGAUGCGAGGUCUGUGAAGAUUAAGAGAAGCAAGGAUAUUGUCAAGUUCAAGGUUAGGUGCUCGAAGUACCUCUACACACUAUGUGUCUUUGACCAAGAGAAGGCUGAUAAGCUUAAGCAGUCACUUCCUCCAGGUUUGAGUGUUCAAGAUCUUUGAACAACUCUUGUGAGGCAAAUGUCACUGAAGUUUCAAGAUACCUUUUUAUUUGGAGAUUUUAGUUGUUGAAUCAAGACUACUCUCUUCUUUUCAAGACUUGGUUUGUAUUUUGCGUUUGUACGACAAUUUUAUAAAUGGUUACAAUUUAUUUCAAAUGAAUUACUAACCACAAAAAAAAUAUUAGCAUUUUA